AUGGCAACGCACGGCGAGCUAAUAGCCGAGAUCGGAGAAUUGGCCAGCAAGGAAUACGUCAUUGAACAGUCCUUAGACAAAAUGUUGGCUGAUUGGUCCAAUAAAGUUAUGGAAAUGACACCUUAUAAGAAUACAGGCACGUUCAUAAUGAAGAUAGCCGAUGAGACACUACAACUUCUAGACGAACAUCUCUUAGCGACCCAACAGCUCGGCUUCAGUCCUUUCAAGGCAGCAUUCGAGCUUCGCAUCCAAGAAUGGGAUGACAAGUUGCGCCUGACUCAGAAAGUGGUUGACGAGUGGAUCGAGUGUCAAAAAGAAUGGAUGUAUUUGGAACCAAUUUUCACGUCAGAGGAUAUUUCACGACAACUGCCAUUAGAGGCUAAGAAAUAUGGUACUAUGGAGAGAAUAUGGAGGCGGAUCAUGUCUACUGCAGCUGCUUGUCCUAAGUUGGACAGUCUCCGUGGUCUGGUGAAGGGCGAGCUGACCUUCUUCCAGCGUGAAGUGGUAUGCGCUCUGAUCGUGAUAGAGGUACACGCGCGUGACGUCACCGGCACGCUCGUCGACGAGAAUGUCAAAAACGUCACUGACUUUCAAUGGAUAUGUCAGCUCAGAUACUAUCAGGUCGUAAAGGAUAUGAAUCCAUUAGAAGAGGGCGAGUCACCCGAGAUAUAUCAAGACGAGAAUCGUUUGGACACUUCCGCUUACUACCGCCAGUUUAGUCAGAACCACUGCGAUGUACGCGCCCUCAAUUCUAGCUUUCAGUACCAGAACGAAUACCUGGGUAACAGCGGUCGUCUUGUGAUCACGCCACUGACGGAUCGCUGUUAUUUGACGUUGAUGUGCGCUAUGCAUUUGAAGUUCGGUGGGGCUCCAGCUGGACCAGCCGGAACUGGCAAGACAGAGACCACAAAGGUGGUGACGAUACAAAAGGCGCAAGUAGCUCGCUUAGAUAAGUUUAUGUUUGAAGGUUGUGACCUACCUCUUAAAGCUUCCUGCUCCGUGUUCAUUACUAUGAAUCCAGGAUAUGCAGGUCGCACGGAGCUGCCAGAUAACUUAAAAGCAUUGUUUCGGCCGAUUGCUAUGAUGGUACCGAAUUAUACACUUAUUGCGGAGAUUUCUUUAUUUUCGUACGGCUUCUUUGAAGGCAAGAUUUUGGCUGGAAAAAUCACUACCACUUUUAGGCUAAGUUCAGAGCAGUUGUCAUCACAGGAUCAUUAUGAUUUCGGCAUGCGAGCAGUAAAAACUGUGAUUCUUGUUGCUGGAAACUUGAUAAGGCAGAUGCCAGAUGGUGAUGAAAGACAAAUAGUAUUGAGAGCUCUUCGAGACGUCAACGUACCCAAAUUCUUGGCAGACGAUCUCAUAUUGUUUAAUGGAAUAAUAUCUGAUUUAUUCCCUCGAGUGGAAAUCCCUGUGGUUGACUACGGAAUAAUGGAACAGUCUAUUAGGAAUAUGCUUGUAAAGAGGGGAUAUGACGAUUUGUACAGAAAAUUGGCACCCGAUGGUUUUCCUUUCACACCGGUCCAUACGUUUGUAGUAAACCCUAAGUCAAUUACCAUGGGUCAGCUUUAUGGUGAAUUCGAUUUGCAAACGCAUGAGUGGACGGAUGGUAUACUGUCAAGUUUGGUACGUGGUGGUAUAGCUGUUGAAGAUAUGGAUAAACGCUGGUACGUGUUCGAUGGACCUGUUGAUGCCGUGUGGAUAGAGAACAUGAACACUGUAUUAGAUGAUAAUAAGAAAUUGUGCCUCUCGAGCGGUGAGAUUAUGAAGCUGACGGAUAGGCAGCGGAUGAUAUUUGAAGUGGCAGAUUUAGCGGUAGCCUCGCCAGCAACUGUUUCUCGUUGCGGUAUGGUGUACCUUGACACGAAAGUUGUUGGGCUACCACCUCUUGUGAACGCUUGGCUUAAGAGUAAUAUACCACCGAUCGGCGAAAUCCUCCGUAAAAGUUUACCCAACUUGAUAAACACAUAUUUAUACCCUGCACUAGAAUUGUUGAGAUCUAAGCUCACCGAGAUUGUGAUAUCCAUCGAUUCUGCAUUAGUACUUAAGUUUCUGGAGCUUCUAGACUAUCGGUUGCGUCCUUUAACGGGAAAGGACGACAGGCCACCACCAGGGGGCGCUUUUAUAGCCAUGUUACCGAGACUGGCCCCAUGUUGGGUGGUGUGGGCGGUUAUUUGGUCAGUGGGCGCGACUUGCGAUCACAAUGGUCGUGCCAUUUUCUCUGACUUCAUGCGGUCCUUGACGGAGGGAAACAAUUUCAAGCCACUCUUUCCUAAGGAAGGAAGAGUUUAUGAUUACACAUUACAUGAUGGGGGUUUUACUGAUCCUACCGAUGAUGGUGAGCCCGCUAAUCCUUAUUGGUAUAAUUGGAUGGCUAAUCUAGAGGAAUACGAAGUGGAUCCUGAGUGGCAGUUUGCUGAUAUUGAAGUGCCGACUCUAGAUAACGUUCGCAGCGCGGCAUUGCUCGGUUACAAAGUAACUAAUUAUAAUCACGUAAUUUGUGUGGGACCAACUGGUACUGGGAAGACGGUCACGAUUACAUCGAAGUUAUCACGCGGGCUUCACAAAAAGUUCAUAUGCGAAUUCAUUGUUUUCUCUGCGAGGACAUCUGCUAAUCAGACUCAGGACGUGAUUGACGGCAAGUUGGAGCGUCGCCGACGUGGUGUUUUUGGUCCACCUCCGACUAAGCGACAAGUGUUCUUCAUAGACGAUCUUAAUAUGCCAGCAUUAGAAGUCUACGGUGCACAGCCGCCUAUAGAGCUUCUUAGGCAGUUUAUGGACUUCUCCGGCUGGUACGACCGCACCAGUAUUGGUGAAUUUCGGAUGUUGAUUGAUGUUGGCAUAGUAGCGGCAAUGGGACCGCCGGGCGGUGGCAGGAACCCUGUUACAAUGCGACUGAUGAGACACUUCCACUACAUCUCUUUCACUGAAAUGGAAUAUGCCAGCAAGUAUGUAAUAUUCAACACCAUCCUAUGCUCUUGGACGCGGUUCAUCGAAAAGAGUGUCACUGUCCGUGAAGCACCCUUCUUGAAAGCGUCCAUCGAAAUUUUCACUUCGUUAGUUGAGGAAUUGCUACCCACUCCGACCAAAUCCCACUACACGUUUAAUUUGAGAGACCUCAGCAAAGUGUUCCAGGGCAUUCUCAUGAUGGACGCGAGCCAUGUCAAAGACGAAGAUGACGUUAUUAGACUUUGGUACCACGAACAUCAGCGUGUUUAUCAAGAUCGUCUUGUUAAUCACGAAGACCGCCAAUGGUUUAAAAAUUUGCUGAACAAAAAAAUACGCACCGAGUUUGGUAAGAAGUCUGACGAUGUUGUGGGCGGAAGGCUUAUGUUAUUCGGAGACUUUAUGGAUAUCGGAGCUGAUGAGAGGAAAUAUAUCGAGAUCACUAAUCAAGAAGAGUUGGACGAAGUGUUAGACCACUAUUUAGUUGAAUAUAACUUGGCGACGACAGUACCACUCGAUUUGGUUCUAUUUGAAGAUGCUAUUGCACAUUUAUGUCGUCUAGCACGUAUCAUGAGGCAACCAAUGGCUAAUGCAUUGUUGCUUGGAAUGGGUGGCUCUGGCCGUCAGUCUUUGACAAGACUAGCUGCAAAUAUGGCCGAAUUGAUAUGCAUGCAGAUUGAAAUUACCAAAGCGUACGGGCAGGCCGAAUGGCGUGACGAUUUGAAACAGACGAUGAUAAAAGCAGGAGCUGACAACAGAGGCAUUGUGUUCCUCUUCUCCGACGCACAAAUCAAAAUGGAAUCAUUCUUGGAGGACUUAAACAACAUUCUUAGCUCCGGUGACGUCCCAAACAUCUAUGAAGCUGAGGAUCUGGAUAAGAUAUACAUGUCCGUCCGCCAUGCGGUUAUGGAAAUGAAUCUGCCCGCGACUAAGACGAAUUUGUUUGCGUGUUAUCAGCGACGAGUUAGGAGUAAUCUGCAUAUAGUUGUCGUCAUGAGUCCCGUAGGCGAGGUAGACGAAGCACUGCCAGCUCUUCAUGCCGCUGAAAAAGCGCUUCAAGAGUUGAAUCGUAACGAUAUAGUAGAAGUGAAGGCCAUGAAGAAACCACCUGCUGGAGUAGUGCUCGUCAUUGAAUCACUUUGUGUUGUAUUUGACAUUAAGCCAAUUAAGGAACCUGGCGCGUCAUUUGGUGAGAAAAUAUUGAACUACUGGAAGCCGGGUUCGCAGAUGUUAGCAGAUCCCACCGCUUUCCUUGAUUCUUUAAUGAAGUACGAUAAGGAAUCUAUCACUGAGGACAUGAUCAAGAAGCUCAAACGAUUUAUUGCGAAUCCAGAUUACGAACCGAUGAAGAUCCUCAAGGUAUCUAAAGCGUGCCAAUCGCUAUGUAUGUGGGUGCACGCUAUGUAUAAGUUCUAUCAUGUGAAUAAAGCAGUAGCACCGAAGAAGGAAGCUCUAAGCCGGGCUACUAAAGAACUAGCUGCUGUUGAAGCUAUGUUGGCCAACGCAAAGGCGAAGAUGCAAGCUUUAUUGGAAGGCAUAGCAAAAUUGAACGCUUAUCUUCAGGAGAAAGAAGAAGAGAAACGUAAGAUGGAAGAUGACAUUAAUCUUUGUCUCGCUCGCAUGGACCGUGCUAACAGACUGUUGAAUGGCUUGUCGAGUGAACGUGUCCGUUGGAUUAGCACAAUUAAGAAAUUAGAUGUGGACAUAGUCAGCUUGAUCGGAGAUAUCCUAAUCAGCGCUUGUGCCGUGGGCUAUAUAACACCGUUCACAGACGAAUUUAGAAGGGAAUUGCUCUCGCAGUGGAUGACCCAUAUGGAGGAAGUUGCGGUCCCUCAUACCGAAGGUGCUACUCCUUUAUCAAUUCUUGGUGAUGCUGUACUGAUUAGAAAUUGGCAAAUGUAUGGUCUACCUCGAGAUCCGCUAUCCGUGGAGUCGGCGGUACUGAUGUCAAACUCACGACGAUGGCCACUCAUUAUAGAUCCACAGACUCAAGCCAAUAAAUGGAUUCGUGCUAUGGUAUUAGACCCAGAAUAUUUCAUACAAUUUGAUACGUUAUUUGGUUACUUUAGUGGUCUUGCAGAGCAGUUGCUCUCAAUCGUGGUGGCUCAAGAGCGGCCUGACUUGGAAGAGUUGCGUGGUCAACUGAUUGUUUCGCGAGCGCAAAUGGCAUCUCAACUGGCAGAGAUGCAAGCUGACAUUCUUUAUGGCCUGUCGAAUAGCGAGGGUUCACCAGUGGACGAUCUACCGCUUAUUUUGACACUGGAAGCCAUCAAAAUUAAGAGUGCUGAGAUACUUAUAAAAGUAGAAGAUAUAGAGAAGACUACCACAGAGAUUGAAAUUGCACGCGAGGACUACGUGCCGGUCGCGAAUCGUGGGCAGAUUCUGUUCUUUUGCUUAUCGGGCAUGGCUAACGUCGAUCCUAUGUACCAAUACUCACUCGAGUGGUUUGUCAAAUUAUUUAUAAGAAGCAUGGCAGAAACGGAGCCAAACGAUAUACAGCAGAUGGCGUCUUUACCUACUAUGAAACAAUUCGUGUUAGAUGACUUCUUCCAGCAGCUCAAGUUCUUCAAGUCUUACUACGACUCUUACAACCCUCAGAGAUUGCCCUAUCCUAAGCCGUUGGAUACUCAAUUAGAUGCCUUUCAGAAAAUACUUGUACUCAAGUGUGUGCGACCAGAUAAAUUAGUGCCUGGAUUGCAAGUACGGUGA